AUGCUCUUCGCUACUCUCGCCGCUCUCCCCUUCGCCGCUGCCGCGGUUGCCCCCAUCUCCCUUCCUCCCGCCGGUGCCAAGCCCGACUACCAGCUCGGUGGCGCGUACAACCCUCCCUCUGGUGUCGGAGUCGUUGUUCGUGACCGUGAGGCGGACCCUGCCCCCGGUAUCUACUCCAUCUGCUACAUCAACGGUUUCCAAGGCCAGCCUGAUGACAACACCUGGACCGGCGCCAACGCCGACCUCCUCCUCCGCAAGAACGGCAAGGUUGUCAACGACCCUGACUGGGACGAGCCCAUCCUUGACACGAGCAACGCCGACAAGCGCAACCGCCUUGCCAACAUCGUCAAGGGAUGGAUCAACGGCUGCGCCGACAAGGGUUACCGCGGCAUCGAGCUCGACAACUUUGACACUUUCACCCGAUUCUCGCAACUUUCGGAGGAGAACAACGUCGAGUACGCCAAGAUCCUGAUUAACCACGCCCACUCGCGCGGCCUCGCCGUCGCCCAGAAGAACGCCGCCGAGAUCACCUCGGUUGGCAAGGCUGCCGGUUUCGACUUCGCCAUUGCCGAGUCCUGCGCCGUCUACGACGAGUGUGACGCUUACACCGACGUCUACGGCCAGCACGUUAUCGAGAUUGAGUACAAGGGCGAGUCUGAGAAGGCUUGGGGCCGCGCCUGCGGCACCAACAACGGCAUCUCCAAGGUUCGCCGCGACCUCAACCUCGUCGCCUCUGGCAAGGGCGGCUACUACGCCGCCUGGUGCUAA